CCCCUUUUGGCUUCUGCCCUCAGACAAAAUGGCGCCAGCUCGGAAGCUGCCGAGGCUCUAGGAGUUGUCGAAACAGUUCCGGAAGCUACCGAGCGAAUCCGGAAGUUGCCGAAAAACAGCAGCGGGGAAGGAGGAUGGCGGAGAUCAUCGCAAGACUCCGAGAGGACGGCAUCCAAAAACGUGUGAUACAGGAAGGCCGAGGAGAACUCCCCGACUUUCAGGAUGGAACCAAGGCCACAUUCCACUACCGGACGCUGCACAGUGACAAUGAGGGCUGUGUGCUGGAUGACAGCCAGGUGCGUGGUAAACCCAUGGAGCUCAUCAUUGGCAAGAAGUUCAAGCUGCCUGUGUGGGAGACCAUCGUGUGCACCAUGCGCGAGGGGGAGAUUGCCCAGUUCCUCUGUGAUACCAAGCAUGUGGUCCUGUACCCACUGGUAGCCAAGAGUCUCCGAAACAUCGCCGCAGGCAAGGACCCGCUGGAGGGCCAGCGGCACUGCUGUGGCAUCGCCCAGAUGCAUGAGCACAACUCCCUGGGCCACGCGGACUUGGAUGCCCUGCAGCAGAACCCCCAGCCGCUCAUCUUCCACAUUGAGAUGCUGAAGGUAGAGAGCCCUGGCACAUACCAGCAGGACCCAUGGGCAAUGACAGAUGAGGAGAAGGCCAAGGCGGUGCCGCUCAUCCACCAGGAGGGCAACCGCCUGUACCGUGAGGGCCAGGUGAAGGAGGCUGCCGCCAAGUACUAUGACGCCAUCGCUUGCCUGAAGAACCUGCAGAUGAAGGAGCAGCCUGGGUCCCCCGACUGGAUCCAGUUGGACCAGCAGAUCACACCACUGCUGCUUAACUACUGCCAGUGCAAGCUGGUGGCGGAAGAAUAUUAUGAAGUGCUGGACCACUGCUCCUCCAUCCUCAACAAGUACGACGACAACGUCAAGGCUUACUUCAAGCGGGGCAAGGCCCAUGCGGCCGUGUGGAACGCCCAGGAGGCCCAGGCCGACUUUGCCAAGGUGCUGGAGCUGGACCCUGCCCUGGCGCCUGUUGUGGGGCGCGAACUGCGGGCACUGGAGUCCCGGAUCCGGCAGAAGGACGCGGAGGACAAGGCCCGCUUCCGAGGCAUCUUCUCCCACUGACGGGGCCUCCUUUCCUGCACCACCUCGCCAAGUCCAUUGCUGCCUCCAGCCCACUCACUGCUUCUGUGUAUAUUAUAAAGUCCUUAUUUAUCUCA